AUGUCUCUAUUGCCUCUACUAUUCCUUCUGUCCCUCUUCCCUUGUUUCUUCUCUAAGCAAACUCUUCUAGAAGGACUCUCUGAGCUAGAUAAGGUUAUGGACCUUUAUGAAGGAAUUACCAAGGAUCACGACCAGCUCCAGGCACAAACUAUUGACGGUCAAAUUUUAGCAGAAGUUUAUUCGGCGAUUCUGGAAAAAGGAAACUGUACUAGCGACGAGGAGUUUAUGAGAAAGGGAUGUGAGCAGUUGAGGAAUGUGGGAACGAAGGAUAGAAAUUUGAGAGCGAUGCAGUAUUUUGGGUAUGUGCAGAGUUUGGUGGUUGAGGAAGUGGAAAAUCCGUUUGGAGAUGUAUUUCCGGAUUUUGAGGAAUUUAAGCCGGAUCAUAGAUCUGUUAUAAUUAUUGAUGAGAAUCUUGAUUAUCUUGAGUUAAUGAAUUUUUGGAGACAAUAUACUUGUUUGUCUUAUAAAAAUGCAUCUAAGGAAUAUCGUGAGAUUCAGAAUAGCUAUAUGGAACUUCUUAAAUAUCUGCUGCCAUACAAUACAACGGACGAUAAACACUUGUUACCUUUCGAAAUUUUUAACCAAGAUUGCCAAUGAAGUUUGAAAAAUAUCAUAUCUUCUCUAAACCCAGCUCAUUCUGGAUACUUGUACUUUUACUCAAAGCUUGGAGUGACUGCUCAGCAGCCACUCAUUAGAGAUGAAACAGAAACUGAUCUUGAUUUUGAUCAUUAUUACUCUAAAGAAGAUAUUGAAAGAGCAACAAGGAUAAAACAAAUAAAAAUUAAUAUCGAAAAAGGAAUCAACGAUACAGUAAUUGAUGGAGUAGAUGUUAACCAGACAAAAUCUGUUUCUGUAAAUCCUCAACCAACAGACAAUAUACAGGAAAAUAUCUCUUCAGAAAAUCAUGAAAUUAAUACAGACGGAGUAAAUCAGGAAAUCCAAGGGACAAGCCAGCCUGAGGCUUUUGGUGAAGUUCAUGAAGGACCUCAUCCAAAUCCUAAUCCAGUAAAUUAUCCCUUCAGAAUUCCAAAUUUAUUCAAUAACAUAGGGGAGUUCUUUAAUCGCUGGAGUCCCUUUGAAUAUUUAUCUUCUACAAAAUUAUUUAGUAGAUUUUUCAGGAAGAAUUCAUUUCAAAGAGAUGAAGAUGAUUCUGAAGAGUCCACAAAAAUGAAUCUGAUUAUAAAUCAAGCUUUUAAGUCAAACAGCUCGCUCCUAUUUUACAACAUUGGCAAUAUAUAUUUCUCAGGGAAUACAGAAUUCGGAGUUAUUAAGAACAUUGAGAAAGCACGUAAAUAUUACAAAUUAGCAGCAGAUAUGGAUAACCCUCUUGCCAUUUACAACCUGGGUAUUCUUGCCAUUCAGAAGAACGCUAGCUACUCUCUCCAGAUGUUUGAAAGAUGAGCCAAGCCAAACUUUUCAAGCUGAUAUAUUGGUCAAGGUAAGAUAUACAGCAAUCAAGGUUUCUCUGAGAGAAAUCUCACAAAAGCAGUAGAAUCUUUUGAGAAAGGGCUUGAGCUAGGUGAUUUUGAAGGAGCUUCAAAUCUGUCGGAACUAUACUUUAACGAGCUUGAUAUUAAGAAUGACACUAAGGCACUUGAAUAUUUGGAUAUCGCAAUUAACAACACUGAUUCUCCAGGACCUAAGCUUUUAAGGAUUAUCAAAUAUCUAGAAAAUUCGGCGAGUAUUGAAGAUCCUGGCAAUUGUGAAAAAGCUUAUAACCUCAUUAAAAAUCUUAUUGAAAUUGGAGAAAUAAAUGAGUGGUACUUCUAUGGAUAUAAGAAAUACACUACAGGCAAGUUUGACCAAGCAUUACAAUUAUUCUCAUUUGCUUCUAUGAAUGGACAUAAAUUGGCAACUCUUGCUGCUGCUUACAUUUGGGAGCACAAUCUCACUCAAAACUUAACUUGAAGAUUAGGGCACCAUUCUUUGUGAUCUUUUGUGUAUAAUAUGCAUUCCUUCUUUUUAGGAGAUAAAUUUGCAGGAUUAAGAGCCACUAGAGUUAUAACUUCUUUAAAUACUAAGAUAAAUGUUUCAGAAAAUGCUCAGAUUAAGGCAAAUGAGCUUUAUUUCCAAAUUCUAGAGCAUCUUUCUGAAGACAUUCCCGAAGCAAAAUUUAACAAAGCAUCAUUAAUUGUUGCUACAUCUCCUGAUAAAAUUGAUGAAGCUGAUGAUAUUUGGGACUCCAUGAUCUAUGACUCGUGGAAUGGCAAGAUAGAUAUCAAGAAUCUUGCACCUGCGGUAUUGAGUAAGCUGUACCAUCAUGCUAAAUUAUAUAUGUAUGCAGAAACCUCAUAA